AUGAUGAAGGCUGCAAUCUUCGUACUGGCUUUGGCUUGCGAAUGGAGCGCCGCUCAUCCGGGUUCGCCUGCCGGGACUGGCACCUCCUCUCAAUUUAAUGAGAUAAUCCAGCUCAGCACAGUGACCUUCAGCUUAGCCAACUUCACCAACUACGGAUGCCACUGUGGACCCGGGACCCAAGGUAUCCCUGUGGAUGCUAUUGACAGGUGUUGUCACAGCCAUGACUGCUGCUACAACAAGGCAGAGAUGUUCGGCUGCACCCCGCGCCUGCACACAUACCGGUUCUAUGCCCAGAGGGACAAAAUUAAAUGUGUCAAGUCACGGGACCGCUGUGAGAAGAUGGUGUGUGAAUGUGACCAAAAAGCCGCCAGUUGCUUCCGCAAGAAUCUUUUCUCCUACAACCCUCAAUUCAAGAAUCACCCGGGAAUCAACUGCCGGGCACCACGGCCCUUCUGCUAA